GGGAGCUGCGGCAGCUGCGGUCGGGGGAGCGCCUGUUCCUGCUGCUGAAGAAGCACAGCCCGCUGCCGGUGUCCGGGAACAGAGGGAAAAUGCUUCAUGAGAUUAAAAGCCUUGUCAUUGAGGACCCGAAAUACUGGCUGGAUAUUGUCUCUGCUUGGAGAAAGCUUCAUGGGCACGAGAGGAAAACAGAUGAUGGCUCUAUAGGAAAUGCAUUGUCUCUGAAGAGAAAGUCAGAAGAAGAGACAAAUACUGCAAGUAAAAGGCAAAAGACAGAACAAGUGAGGGCAGUUGUGUCUGAGGAGUGUCAGGUGGGAGCUGGAGAGACCUGUGAGGCAGCAGCCAGAAUGAGCAGGCCAGAGUGCUGGACUGAGAGCAGGACUUGCUCAGAAUUGCCUUCCAUGGGCAAUGCGGAGGAUCCUGCUGCCAGUGAGGAGCUUGGCUUCAGCUUCAGGGUGUCAUGUCGCUGCAGUGGAGCCAUUGCCAGAACACUGACUUCACAGGAGGUCGGCAGAGCCCUUGGCACAGCCCUGGUGAAGCAGUGUGGGUGGCGAGCUGAUCUGCGGGACCCUGACCUGGAGAUCUUUGUACAUCUCAAUGACAUUCACUCUGUGGUGGGGAUUCCUCUUUUCAGGCUUCCAUUGGCAAACAGAGAGUACAUCAGAACAGCAGGACUGCGGUCAACAGUGGCAUGGGCCAUGGCAUCUCUGGCUGAAAUCAGGGUUGGUGCCCUUGUGCUGGAUCCCAUGUGUGGGCUAGGAACCAUCCUGCUGGAGGCUGCCAAGGAGUGGCCUGACGCCUGGUACUGGGGUGCUGAUAUAAGUGACUCACAGUUAGAGGGUGCAGAUGGCAAUAUCAGAGCUGCAGGCCUGGUGGAUAAGAUUGAGCUGCUUAAAGCUUCUGUGAAAGCUCUGCCAUUGCCUUCAGAGAGCUUUGACAGCGUUAUUUCGGAUAUUCCAUUUGGGAAGAAGUUCAAGACCACAAGUGAUGCCCAGCUCCUACCAGAUCUUCUCCAGGAAAUGGAGAGAGUGCUUCGAGUUGGAGGGACCCUGGUGUUGCUGCUGAGCCAGGAGCUCCACAGACUCAUGGAUGGUUUGACCAGGAGUGCUGGACGUGACCCUGCUGAGGCCUCUGCUGAUUGUGACAGUGGAGCACAGGCCAUGGAUGGUUUGAUCAGGAGUGCUGGAGGUGACCCUGCUGAUGAUGACACUGGAGCAGCUCCUGCACAGGCCAUGGAUGGUUUGACCAGCAGUGCUGGAAGUGACCCUGCUGAUGGUGACAGCAGAGCAGCCCCUAGUGUGGAUGGGAAUUCCUCCUCCUUGGCCCAGGGGGGUGGAGAACCUGUUCUCAGCAGACAUUUUGGGUCCCUGCUGCCAGAGGGUGUCUAUGCUGUUAGCCUCGGCAAGACUGAUGCUUUCAUCCACAAAUACAGGAAGGUGUCUGGGCCUGGGAGCUGUCCCAGGACUGGGACACUCCCUGGAGCUGGGAGCUCUCUGGCCCUGGGCUGAAGGGAACUGGAAAGCUUUGGGAGCAGCAGGGCAGGGCUCGGUGGGGCUGUGCUGGUGCAGACACACCCACUGCCAUCCCUUAGAUUGCCUCACCUUCCUGGCAUGUCCUAAGGCACUGUGCUGUUGUGUCUCUGGUUUUUAGGAGAAGUGGAAUGUGACCUUGUUCACAGGGGUCUGAGGAUGAGGGAAGAGACGAGGAUCUGACUCCAUGUUUCAGAAGGCUGAUUUAUUAUU